ACCAUGGCUGACAGAGCUGCUGCUGAGAGGGCUUGUAAAGACCCCAACCCCAUCAUCGACGGCAGGAAAGCCAACGUGAACCUGGCGUACCUGGGUGCCAAGCCGCGGAUAAUGCAGCCAGGUUUUGCCUUUGGUGUCCAGCAGCUUCAUCCAGCUCUCAUACAGAGGCCUUUUGGGAUACCCGCUCACUAUGUCUAUCCACAGGCUUUCGUGCAGCCCGGCGUGGUAAUCCCCCACGUUCAGCCCGCGGCGGCCGCCGCCUCCACCACGCCCUACAUCGACUAC